UCACCAGAUUCUUCCUUAUCCAAACUCUUUCAACCAAAUAAUAAUUAAUCCAAAACCAUGCGCAUUCUCUUUUCCUUCCUCUUUUUCUUCCUCCUCUUUACAUUAAUCUUCAUUCCUUCUCCAUCUCUUGCAAUCGGAUAUGCGGUACCAGUAUCUAAAGACAGCACCACCCAGCUCUACUUCAUUACGGUUUCCAUGAAAACCCCUCUCCAACGCACCUACCUCCACCUCGACUUAGGCGGCCGCUUCACUUGGUUAGACUGCCAAAAAAACUACACUUCCAACUCUUACAAACACCUCCCUUGCAACUCCCCUGUUUGCCUUGCAUUCGGUCACAACUACGCCUGCUCCAAUUGCUUCAAACCUCCAGGCCCCACUUGCGCCAACAACACCUGUGGAACUUUCCCAGAGAACUUUGUCAUUAGAAAAUCCUACAUCUCAAUCGCCAUCGUCGACACCCUCCAGUUAUCAACGUCAGACGGAUCAACCCUCGGCAAACCCCGCACCAUCAACAAUUUCGUCUUCUCCUGUGCUCCGAGUUUCCUCCGUAAAGGCCUAGCUAAGAAGACUCUCGGAGUGGUAGCGCUGGGAACGGACAACUUUUCCCUCCCACUUCAGGUGAGUCGAGCUUUCCAUGCUCCGAAAUAUUUUGCGUUGUGUCUUCCCUCAUCUACGUCGUCCCCCGGCGUGGCAUUCUUGGGGUCAAGUGGGCCGUACCGGCUUUUACCUCAAGAGACCGAUCUCUCCAAAUUGCUCCUCUACACUCCGCUCCUUCCGAACCCGAUUUCGGAUUCUCUAGUCUACUCUGUAUUACCUUCUCCAGAAUAUUUCAUCGGGUUGACUUCUCUUAAAGUCAAUGACAAACCUGUACCAAUCAACGUGACAUUGCUGACCAUUAAUCAAGACGGUAUUGGUGGGACGAAGCUCAGCACCAACACUCCUUACACACUUCUGGAGUCUUCGAUCUACAAGGCGUUAACGGAUGCAUUUGUGAAGGAAUUCCGUGCUCCCAACCUAACCGUAACAAAGGCGGUGAAGACAUUUGGAUUUUGCUACUCUGCCAAUCAAAUCCCGGUAACGCGGGUGGGACCGGCGGUGCCGACUAUUGAUCUUGUGAUGCAGAGCGAGAGCGUGUUUUGGAGGAUCUUUGGAGCCAAUUCAAUGGUGUGGUACUCGAAAGGGGAGGUGAACGCGUGGUGUUUGGGAUUCUUGGAUGGUGGGGUGGGGAUGAGAGCAUCGGUGGUGAUUGGAGGCCAUCAAAUGGAGGAUAAUUUGUUGCAAUUCGAUCUUGUAUCAAAGAGGUUGGGACUCAGCUCUUCCCUCCUGUUCGGGAGCACCACGUGCUCUAAUUUCAACUUUACUACAACAAAAUAAUUAAGGAAAUGCUAAACACAUACCUUGAUUGGUCUAAGUGGGUUUUUUUCAUUUUUAACAAAUUAAAAAAAAAAUU